AUGCGCGCGUUCGACGAUGGAUUCAGGCGUGCCGCGCUCGCGACCGCCCUUUGCCUCGCCGCCGCCGCCGUCGCCGCCGCGGACCACGAGAGCUCACCCACGCCGGAGAGCUCGACCCAGCCGCCGCCCGACCCUCCGUCCCGCUUCUUCCCGCGCGCGACGGACGUCACCGCCGUCGCCACCUACGCGCUCGCGGUCGACGCCGAUACCUCCGAGCAGGGCGGCCCGCGCGCUGGAGCCCACGCGCUGGUCACCGCGCUCGGCACCAACUCCGUGCCCGCCACCGUCCACUUCGCGUCGCACUGCGGCGCGGAGACCUUCUACGAGGGAGGCGCGACGCUUCCCGUGGACGUCGGCCCGGUUCGUUCGGCGGCGGCGUGGGACGGAGACGUGGCGUGGGGCACCGCGCAGGCUCCCGGCGUCGUCGUUUCCGGGGGCGCGCUCGCCCCGGGCGUCGUGACGUUGCGGCCGGGGGAGGACGUCCUGGCCGCGGCGACGGCGGGCCCGGGGCCAACCUUUCUCUUCGCCACGUGGACCGCGCCGAGCGUGGUGGUCAAGCUCCAAAAGGACGAGCACACCGGGGGACUCGUCAGGCGCGGCGCGAUCACGCUGCCGCUCGGGGUGGACUACGUCAGGGCGUCCGCGUCAAGGACGGACGCGUCCACGGGCCGACGCCGGUCACUCUUCGCCACGGACACGUCGCCGGCGGUGAGUAACCUUUUAGUUAGCCUCCUCCUCCUUCUUCUUCUCCUCCUCCUCCUCCUCCUCCUCCUCCUCCUCCUCUGA